AAAAAGGCAAGACGAUAGUUAUAGAUCCCGAGAAGGAUAAAACGAUGGUACAGGAAUUGUUAGAUUUUAAAGAUAAAAUGGAUAAUAUAGUUAAUACGUGCUUUCAUAAAAAUGAAAAGUUCGCAAAUAGCUUAAAAGAAGCUUUCGAGGCUUUUAUUAAUCAAAGGGCAAACAAACCAGCAGAAUUAAUAGCUAAAUUUGUCGAUUGCAAGUUACGCGCGGGUAACAAAGAAGCGACGGAAGAGGAAUUAGAGAGAUUAUUAGACAAGAUUAUGGUACUCUUUCGAUUUAUUCACGGAAAAGAUGUUUUCGAAGCGUUUUAUAAGAAGGAUUUGGCCAAACGUUUGUUGGUGGGAAAAUCGGCUUCCGUAGAUGCUGAAAAGUCAAUGUUAUCUAAAUUAAAGCAAGAAUGCGGUGGUGGAUUUACUAGUAAAUUGGAAGGAAUGUUCAAAGAUAUGGAACUUAGUAAAGAUAUCAAUAUCGCGUUUAAACAGUAUGCAGGAAACUUGCAGAGUGAGUUGGUAGCAAGUAAUCUAGACCUAACUGUAUCUAUACUUACCAUGGGGUAUUGGCCUACAUAUCCAGUGAUGGAAGUCACCCUUCCGAUGGAGAUGGUGCAGUAUCAAGACGUGUUUAAUAAGUUUUAUUUGGGAAAACAUAGCGGUAGAAAAUUACAGUGGCAGCCGACCUUAGGACAUUGUGUAUUGAAAGCGUGGUUUAAUCAGGGCAAUAAAGAGCUGCAGGUAUCGCUGUUUCAAGCGUUGGUCUUGAUUCUAUUCAACGAUGGUGACAAUCUCUCAUUAGAAGAUAUCAAGGCUGCUACAAAUAUCGAGGACGGCGAACUGAGAAGAACACUGCAGUCCUUGGCGUGCGGAAAGGCUCGUGUCCUUCAAAAGAAUCCACGUGGUCGGGAUGUCGCCGAUAAUGAUAGAUUCGUAUUCAAUGCAGAAUUUACAAACAAGCUGUUCAGAAUUAAGAUCAAUCAAAUCCAAAUGAAAGAAACGAAUGAAGAACAAAAAGCAACAGAAGAGAGGGUGUAUCAAGACAGACAAUAUCAAAUAGAUGCUGCUAUUGUCAGAAUUAUGAAAAUGAGAAAAACUCUGACCCACAAUCUUCUCAUCAGUGAGCUGUAUAAUCAAUUGAAGUUUCCUGUAAAGCCUGCAGAUUUGAAAAAACGUAUUGAGUCUCUCAUAGAUAGAGACUACAUGGAGCGAGACAAGGAUAACGCAAAUCAAUACAAUUACGUUGCGUAACCUAAAGCAAAUGCCAAAGUUAUAUUGACUUGUAAAAUCGACGCUGAAUUUUCUAGCAAAUUGAAUCUGUCGUUAUUGGUGUUUGUAUCGUGAAUGUGAACGAGUUCAAACGAGAGAUUACAUAACCGAUCCGACUAUUGAGAUAAAGUUAUAACGCGUGUGGUCAGUUCGUACAAAAGGAAAAAAAAAAGAAGAGACUCAGUGAACUUCCCCGUUUUGGUUUUUAGUGCAUAAGAGACAUUGAAUGAUUGCAAUCCUCCUUCAACCAGUGUUGUGUUGUUUCUAAAUUCUGCAAAAUAAGAUAAAAGGAAAGGACAAGACCGUGGGCUUGGUAAUAAGCUUGAUAUGAUUCUAACGUUAUAAAAUAAUUUUUUAUGCAACACAGUUUUUCACAACAUACUUACAAUUAAGAUGUAAUAAAGAAGGCAAAAUGUAUACAUACUGCGACACUAUCAUAAAAAUAGAGAGUAAGAGUGCAAUCGCAAUAUAAUUAGUUAAUUCAAAAGGUGAACAACACAAUGCAGUAUUUAUAACAAAAAUAAAAGAACAUACUAUGUCUAUAUAUACAUAUUAUAUAUAUACAUAUAUAUGCUAUCGUGGUACUUAUCUUUGAAAUCUGCAAGUUAUUUGUACCUCUUCACUUGUCUUCGUGUUUUUAAAAACAUUUUUAACAUUUCAAAAUAAAUAGAAACACGCGUGCUUGUCUCCAUGUUAGACUGCAUUCCGAUAUUUACUGUCAAUAUUGAAAAUCUAUAUCUAUAGUAUACGUCGACGUAAAAUAUAGAAAAAUAUAGAUUUUCAGGACUGAUAGUGAAUAUCGGAAUGUAGCCUUUUUUGGCUGCAAAAUAUGCAAAAGAAGUGUCCAGUUUGUCUUGAAUCAAAGUUCUAACUGUACAACGGUGGGACGACGUAAAAUAAAUAAGAUAUCAAUAAGUAGGAAACUACAUGAAUAAAUUGUUAUUAAAAACCGAUAUAUAUAUGCAUCAUUAUUGCCGGAAAAUAAUGUUAGAAAUUACAGAAAAAUAAAUGAUCAUGCAUGAUCAUGGCUUGUUAAAUAAUUUCGUGUCCAUGUAUUUAUAAACUAGAUUAGUAAAUAAUACACUUUUACGAACGCAGACGUUUACUGACAGAAAUGUUCAGCUUAUUUCGAUGGAAGUACCCACCGAGAGUUUUAACAUAAAUCUUAAACGUCAACGCAAAUGCAGCUAUGCGAUGUAAAUGCAUACCGAGAGACUAUUGAUAGCUUUGUUUUAAUUGAGAGAAGAUAGUACUGCCAGCAAAACAGCGUUUUGGUACGUCACUCGCGCUCUUUCUGAGAAGAGAAGAUUGUAGCUUCACGUUGCCAUGUACAGAUUUAGGAAUAACCUCAGGAAGCGAAGGUAGAGUAUAUAAACUUAAAAAUAUCUUCUCAUAUAAAUUUAUCUUAUACUGCGUUUCAAUUAUAUGUACGACGCUACAAAACUUAUUUUUUUGUAAUAACUCAUAGAUCUAUCGAAAUUGUACAUAGAGAGUAAGGGGUUCUGUACUUAUAAUAAAAAAUACAAUCAAGAACAAAAAAAUUAACGUCAUUUUAUAAUAACGGUAACAUCGUCAUAAUUACUUAUCAUUUUGCAAUAUACAAUUUUGAUUUGUAGUAUAAAAUGUUAA